UGCUGUCAGACAGUCAGAGUGUGAGUACCGCACAACAUGUGAUUGCCCCGCACCCAUCAAAUCGUGAAUCACAAUGCAGGGGGGACCAAAGCAAGAGAUCCGAGAUCGACAGGCAGCUUUCAGCAGCAGGGAGGGGCGCGCGGGGCAAAUUCACUCGUGACUCAAACUGUGGCUGCUGCCACACGGCCUCGCUUGAUCACGGCGAGCUUCGAGCAAUCAUCAUCGAAUCCAGAUCACUCGAUCGGCUUUUCUUCUUGUCUCGUCCUUCACACGCCCCCGCUUUUGGGUGGGAUCGAUCGUUUAUCCCGCCCGAUUACUGCUUCGCCUCUUGACGCAGUCCACCACAGCCAUCAUCCGCAAGUUAAAUCGAGAUGCGUCUGGCAAGCUACGCGCUGCUUGCUCUGAGUGCUGCGACGGCAGCUUUGAGUCUGCCGAGUCGGCAACAUCAGUUCCCCUUGGUCUUGCCUAGUCCUGCCAACACCAUCGAGAACAGCCGCGACGAGGCUUAUUGGGCAUCGGAAGAAGGAGUGGGUCACUUCAGUCAAUGGUCCAAGGCUCAAAAGCGCAAUUUCGUGGACGAUGUUCGGGAUGGCAAAGCGAGCGAGUGGAUCUUGGUGAUGGGCAAUGAAGGUGGAGACCUGGACAGCAUGACGGCAGCCUUGACCUGGUCUUAUCACCUCUCGCACCAACAUGCCGAUACGAACAAGACCAUCGCUCUCUUGCAGACUCCUAGAGAUGCAUUGGACCUUCGGCCGGAGAACAAGUUGGCGCUGAGAAAUGUCCUCAUGUCGCCUGGACAUCGUGAUCUCCUCACCAUCGACGAGCUGCCCUUGCCUGCCGAAGAGAUUGCGGAACAGCUGAAGAGCAUCGUUCUGGUGGAUCACCCCGCUCCUCUCAGCGUUUGGCAAAAGGCCAAAAUUCGCUCCAUCUUUGAUCAUCAUAGGGAUAGAGGAGCUGCUCCGGAUGCCAAGCCUCGCCUAUUUGAGGGCACCGCUAGCUGCACCACCAUCGUAGCCCGGACGAUGCUGGACGAACUAGAACGCCGAAAAGAGGGAGAGUAUCACAUGCCUCACGAGGUAGUCGAGCUGAUCCUCGACGCAAUCGCGCUGGACUCGGAUGGACUGAGCAAAGGCACGCCGGCGGACAAGUUCACAGCUGCAAGGUUGCUGAAGCGUAGCAACUGGAGCAAGCAAAAGCUGUACGAUGUGAUGGAUCGUCUGGACAGCGAGAUGAAGAAGGCGAAGAAAGAUCUGGAAGAGUUGGGCGUGCGGGAUCUUUUGCGGCGCGACUGGAAAGGCGACUUGGUAGAGACGCCUGAAGGCAGACCCAACGUCCAUCUAGGUUUGGCAUCCAUCCCAAUCUCCUUGGAGGACCAAAUCGAGCGAACGUUGCACAACACUACACAAGCCUGGUUCGUCACGGAAGAAAAGUGGUCAGAAGAGAUCGGUGCGGACAUUACGUUGGCUUUGAAUUCUUUCAAGGAGCGCGACUCGCACAACAAGAAGAUCAAGACGAGGGAGAUUGUUCUCGUCGUUCGUCCCAAUGACAAGUUGACGGAAAAGGAUUCGGACGAGCUCUUCCAGAUCAUUUCGAACGCCGUCGAGCAGAGCCCCUUUUUGGAUGCUCAGCCUUGGAAGAGGGCAAAGGAGCUCACUGCGAGACAGAUGGUCUGGACGCACCACAUCGCUAGCGGAGGAAGGAAGCUGAUUCGACCCAUCGUCGAAGACGCCGUCGCGGCUUGGCGUUUGUAAAAGCUGGUCGUGCUUGGCGCGUACCUUCGAUUGCCGCCGCGUUCCGCUCGUCCUCGAAGACGCACACACACACACGCACGCACGCACGCACGCACGCACGCACGUCCCAAGACACUUUUGUGUGCCAUUUCGGGAAAAUUUUCCCCCGAGCACAUCGUCUCGUCGCACUGGCUCUCACCUUCUCGACAAAGAGACGAGCAAACUCCACACUGCCACAAACACACGAUGUCUAACGAGGAUGCUCUUAGCGCCGAAGUCGCAGCUGCAUCAUCGCUUGCCUGAUAAGACAGCACGCGUUCAAAG